CUCGCCCUAACUGAUCGGGACGUCCAUCUAGUGUUUGAGAAAAUUUUCUCGGCCAAGGCAGAGACGUCUUCGAUGUCCUGUGGUGCCACUCAUCCUUUAACGAGCUUGGAAUCUGGCUGGAGGUCCUUCUCUUCAUCUUGUCGCCGGAAGAACCCCUAGGCUUCUCGAGCAGAGAUAUUUUCGCGUCUCGACGCUGAUCCGGUUCUCUUCUUCGUAUCUUUGACACUUGAACUCUGAUGACUCCUAUUGCACUGCAAUGGGUCAUUUGGUCACACACAGUCCAGGAACCGGUGAGGAGUCGGCCGAGGUUGGCGGCGAUGGGCUAUCGAAACAUUCCCUCAGUCCAAGCCCGGGUAUUGAUACUGCUGGUGAUCAUGCAGAGACUGCACGGCUUUUUGACGACCGUGUGACAGAGGAGUGGGGCCCUGGAUGUCCAUUUUACAGGCGGACUGCUCCCCAACACCUGAACGACAACCGUGGGGCCCUGGUCUCAGGUAGAGGCGACAGAAGGGGUGGCCAUGUCUCGAGGGAUCUUGGAGACGCGACGGCCGGGGGGCGGCUAGAGAUGGUACUGCAGGACAAGGAGUCAGCGAUGAAUUCUGCUACGCCGAAUGGCGGGGAGGCAUGGAGACAGCCCGGGAGCAUGGGGUUGGAUGUACUUGUGCCUCUACCACAUGCAUGCGGUGUCGAGGACUUGGUCGUCGAGGAGACCGAAAGCGGCACAACCAGCGGCGCGUUGAAAACAUGGUCUAUCGACGCCGAGACUAGGUCUGCGAGAAAAUCGGACGAUUCGACAGAACUGAUGCGGCCAGCUGACCAGCGUGUCGAGCGAAUAUCGCAGGCGGCGAGGAUGCACUCGACGCUAGCUCAUGUCGUCGAGUACCGACUCGGUCGCUAUCCUCGUCUUGCAGACACAGAACUGGCCCCUGCCGACACCAUAGAAGAGGAGCAAGAGAAGGUGGUAGCUCGGUCUCUGGACCUGGCCGCGGUGGCAACAGCAUCCUGUCCUCUCCAGCACCGUACCUUCAAUCUCGUCUACUCAGUCGAAAUCAGCGAGAGGAUGGAAGAUCUAGUUGAACUUUAAGGAAUUUCUUAGUAUAUGGGGAAGGUGCGAUCAUCCAUCCAUCCAUCCAUCCAUGCAGCGAGACAGUUGGGGCAUUCCUUCCCCGAACAGUGGGUGCAAUGAUCAGGUGGUGUCCGGAUGUCCCACCUAUAACCUAUUCCAUGUCAGAGGAAGGAGCAAAUAUUGACAGAUAGGGUACUGUACUUGCCUUCCAAGAUCUUCCUGAAUUGCCCGCACACCAUCGGUUAAGUGGUGGGCCAUGCCAACCUCAUCUCCUUACCUUGCCAACAUUACCCCUACAGAUACCUAACUAUUCGGCCG